UCGCCGCGCGAGAUAAUUCGCGUCCAAUUCGCUUCGUUCGCUGCGCUCUGCUCUUCUUUUUUCGACGCGCCUCGCUGGCUGUUGUAUCCCAGGUAGACGACGACAAUAACUGAGACUAUACCCGGGACGAUAUCCCGACGCGCUCUUUCCGAGACACUUCGAAUUCCGAGAAUAUCUCGCGAUCGCGACGAAAAUAGAUGAUGACGAGUCGUAAGAUGGAUGGCGAGUUUCCGAGAAUUCGGGACGAGUGACGGGACGAAGCGUGAGGUGUGAGGCGCGAUCGCGACGGUGAAAUACUGGACGCACCUGAAGGAAAAUAGUGCAGCGAGAUAAGAGUACUCUGCUUCUUCACCGUGAUACGUGUGUGCGCGCCACUCGACGCUGCGCUACCUCGAGACGGUAAUUUUCACGGCGCGUAAUCUCGUGAAUCGUCCGUCCCGAAAGAACUUAUGUGAAAAAAAGGGCAUGAGGAAGACGCGCACAGAUAGCACGUAGCGAGACUGGGCCCCUUCUUCGUUUCGGAGAUGCGGCGCUAUUCACUGCAUAUCAACGUCGCCCUCGCUAUCGUUUUAUUGACGAUUCGUGCAGUCGUCGUGCGGGCCGGCAAACAAGAGAGGGAGGUUUGGUAUGAAGCGGCGACGCGAGAGAUUGAAGCGCGGAUCAGUGCGGCAGCGAGUACCAGCGUCGGUGGCACAACGCCGCCGCACGGGGUAGCUCGCAGUGUCGUUCUCUUCGUCGGCGAUGGCAUGGGGAUGAGCACCCUGACGGCCGCGAGGAUCCUAUCGGGUCAGCGACGCGGGAAUCCGGGCGAAGAGGCGCAGCUCGCGUGGGACAAGUUUCCAGCGGUCGCGUUGGCUCGGACGUACAACAUGGACGCUCAGGUUGGCGAAUCGUCGGCAUGCGCGACGGCUCUGCUCUGCGGAGUUAAAGCCAAUUACGAGACCGUUGGUUUGGAUUCGUCGGCGCGCUUCGACAACUGUAAUUCCAGUUCCAAGGCUCGCGUUCCUUCACUUAUUAAUUGGGCCCAAGAUCAAGGCAAAUCGACGGGCCUGGUUACAACCACCAGGGUGACACACGCGACACCGGCGGCUCUUUAUGCACAUGCAGCCAGCCGUUACUGGGAGGACGACGGCAAGGUGCCACCUGCUGCACGUACCUCGUGCAAAGACAUCGCGCGUCAGCUGCUCGAGGACGAGCCCGGCAGUAACAUCACUGUAGUGCUUGGUGGCGGCAGACGUCACUUUGUAUCAAAAGUGACUUUGGAUCCGGAAGAACCCGACAAAGAAGGUAGACGAUUGGACGGUCGGAAUCUGAUCGAAGAAUGGUCCAGAAAUUUUCGAUUAAGAAACAUACCCGCAAAAUAUAUCUUCAACAAAGAACAAUUCGAGAGGGUGGAUCCGAAAAGAACGAACCGGCUUUUGGGUCUCUUCGCUUAUUCUCACAUGGACUUCGACGCCGAUCGGAACACAAACGACACCGGCGAUCCCUCUUUGGCGGAGAUGACGAUUAAAGCGCUUCGUAUACUUCAGAACAACCCCAACGGAUACUUCCUUUUCGUGGAAGGUGGAAGAAUCGACCACGCUCACCAUUAUAACAACGCUUAUCGCGCGCUGGAUGAGACCCUGGCGCUCGAGGAAGCCGUGCAGGCAGUUAUGAAGGAGGUCGAUCUCACGGAAACGCUCCUUGUGGUAACGGCAGAUCACUCGCACGUAUUAACCCUCGGCGGAUUGGCAACGCUUCGCGGGAAUCCCAUAUUUGGUUCCGACAGUAAACUGUCGGAUAUCGACAGACAGCCCUACACAACGUUGCUGUAUAGCAACGGGCCUGGUUACAAACACCCGCGAAAUAUUAUUCGGGAGGCAGGAAAGGAUUCUAUUCAGACGGCGGGGGUGCCGCGGGCGUGGGCGACGCACGGGGGCGAAGAUGUGCCGGUAUUCGCCAUCGGGCCCCUCGCGAGCGUCCUGUUCUCCGGCAGCGUCGACCAGAGCUACAUACCGCACGCGAUCGCCUACGCCGCCUGCCUGGCUCAUCACGCCAGCCGUUGCUCCCGGGAUACGAACAGCAUCAACGGCAGCGACACAAUGAACGCCGCGCCGAUAAGCUGUCCCUCGGCGGAGCCCAACAGCGCGGCGAUAUCCAGCGACGUGAUGAACGACCAGGCGCGGAAUCCACCCACGAAAUCCGCCGCUGGUCCUUCCAGCAGCCGCUCGUCGGCCGACAACGGUCUGCCGCAGUUGCUGCCGCUACUACUGAUGUCCCUCGUUCUGCUAACUCCCCGGUAUCCCCUCGAAAGGACGAGUUAAUGCGUCUCUCCUCUCUUCCGCGUGUCUGCUAGGUGAAGUGGUAGGCUCUUCUCUUCUCUGUUUCGGCGUGAACGCCGAAGGUACAUGACAGCAGGAGAAGCCGCCCGGAAAUGCUCCCAAUCUGACACGCGGAUGCGUAAUAACGGUCGAUGGAGAGACCGCAGUGUAAAUUUGACGGGGUGACUGGAGUUCGAUAGUUUCGAACGAGUAGUGAUCGCUGCUGCUGCUGUUGCUGCAUCUCUCGGUCUCCCUGUUAAAUGGAUCGUUUACCAAGCAAACGUCACGCUUCGGAGAGAGGUAAAAAGAUAAUGCAAGUGGCGCGAGAUAGCGCAACAACAACGGUCUUUCGAUAAAAACGGUGCUUCGAUUUUGCAACCGAUUGACUGCAACUCAACUCGUUGUUUCCUUUAAUUAAAACAAGUGUAAGUCUCUCGUUUUGUAAGAGUCGCUAAAUAAAUGAACGACCGCUAAUUGAGAGAUGUUCCAUGCAUGACUGCUAUACGUGAUAUUGACGGGAGAACAAAGUGAUGUGCGCGCGGCAAGAGCAUCGUUCCUUAAUCCUCUCAUGCAUUUUCGGUCUCGCGUUUCAGGAGACGAUGCUCCUUACCUCGUGUAAUAAUUUAAUUGACACAAAGUUCUUGUGUUUGAGAUCGUUCGUAGGUUCUGCAAACUUCCCUCUAAUGAGUGAAGCUCUUACAAUGAGGAAUUUCAAUAAGGAGAUUGAAGGCGCGCGUAGUUCUCGUUAUUGGAACGCUCAAACGUUGCGAGAGAGAGAGAGAGAGAGGGAGAGAGAUCAGUGUCCCCUGAUGAGGUUUUCGGAAGAAAAAAACCAGUUUAAUUUUGCCUUUGAUCGUAUUGGCGCUUGGUCCUUUGAAAUAUAAUCGUCGGUAUAUCGUAACCGAAAUGUUUUUCGGCGAUCUCUCUCGUAUAAGUUUGCGAGGGACAAGAGGUUUCUUGCGGUUACUUUUUUUUCUUCUGGCUGAAACAAUUUCUUGCAUGGGAGGAUUAAACGUUUAUCGAAUUAAUUCGUGCCUCGACACCGCGACUUGUGUUUCGGAAUUAUUGCUUUUUCUUGCGUCCCCAACUUCGUCUGACAAAUAAGAUCGAGUCGAAUAAACAAAAACAACUGAAAAUUCUACUAAAUUUCGUACUUGAAGACAAAAUCUCAAACUUUUGAAUGACACGACGCGCUCUUGAUGCAAGUGGCGUUCUUUGCAAAAAGAAGCGGAACGGAGAAUUAUAAUUUUCACGUAAUUGCAAUUAAUUAAUUAACUUGCAAACGAAAGCGCAAUAAUUCUGACACCUUUACGCGUAUCCCAAAAGUCUCGUCGACUAUACUAUGAUACGAAACAGUUACGCAAUUCACGAAAGCACAUUUCAGUGAGAAAUUUCCUGCCGUGAGGUAGCACGUUACAACGAACUGAGCGAUAACGCGACCUAGCGGAACUGGUAGACUAUCCAGCGGGCAGGAUCAUAAUAAUAAUACAUAAAGCAGAACCGUGUCAGAGUCUCUCCUGUAGUAAAUUGUAAAUAUGUUAAUGCUAUAAAAGCGGAUAAUAUGUAAAUGUUUCCCGGGACACGCGUCGAAGAUAAAGUAAAGUGUGUAUGUAAUUUAAUCAUCGAGAACUACUCAUCAUUAGCUUAUAUUAUAUUAUUGUUGACACGCUUGUAUGUUGUACAUAUGUUUUACUACGUGCACUAUAUACGUCAAAAUUGGAUCGGAAAUAUUUAAACGACAUGCAGACAGAUGUAUACUUUUGUUGUCGAUAAAUUUAUUUUCCAUUACAUUGUUACAGAUCGAUUGAGAGAAAAGUUAGCGUGAAGUGAAUUUUUUGUACUUCACUUGCACUCACAUGUCAUUUUAUGUCUCUUUUUUUAUCUCAAGCCGCUCGUAACGUAGAUAUUGCAUUUUUCUCAGAAGCAACGUUGAAUUGACAAGAAUUGAUAUGAAAUUUUGCUUUACUACACACGCUGCGCAUGUGUGUGUGUAAAUGUACGUGUGUGUGUGUGUGUGUAUGUCUAUGUUUUGUAUGUGUGUUCUGUGAUUAAGUCGAAGCAGCAAGCUGUCGCGCGUUAAGUUUUCAAAUUCUAGUUCUUUUGAUUACUAUAAUCGAAUAAUCCGCCAGCAUCUGUGUUUUGAAUUUGAAGUUCAUUUGUGUAAUGUAUAUAUAUAUAUAUAACAAUAUAUAUUGCGCUACGUGAGAGAGAACCGAGAUCUACCGGGCGAGAGAUUCAUGUAUUUGUGACUGGUAUCGAGGGAAUUGCAGCGCUACAAGCAGCGCUGUGAGUCCCUUUGCCACUCAAUUCUCCAGGAUCCGUUCUCUCUCCCUCCCCCUCUCUCUCUUUCUCUCACACAAGAAGAAGCGUUUUCGAGUCCGAGGCGUUUCCAUUUUCACUUUUGAUGAGGCCGUACGAAUUUUAUAUCCGAAACGCUUUUGCGUCGUGCAAUGCUCGCGAAACAAGUCGUGAUUUGCCUUUUACGCGUUUAAUCUCGCUUUUGAUUUACAGCCGCCGGCAAAUUGGCGAGCUAAUUGCGCCGACAGAUUGCUGGUUUAGCUCUUCCUGUCGCGCGCUUACGAAGUUAAAUCGUGUAUAAAAAUAGGGGGAAAAAGAAGUAUAAAAAGCGCGCUUUAUUUAGAAAAUUAGGGAACGGUCAGCGAAUGAAUAUGCGAGAUAAUAUCUGGAUUUCGAGUUUUUUUAAAUUUUUGUAUAUUCACGGUUUACAUUUGCGUGAUUUUUAUCCUUUAACUAAUUUGUCUGCGAUAUAAUUACACAUAAUUAACUUUGAUUUAUAAUCUGCCGUGCUUUCGAAGACGUACAAUUGCAACAUAUUAAUUUUGGACUUAUUAGUUCUAUUUUAUCGAGCACAAGUUGUCUCGUUAAAAUGCAUCAGUAAAAUUAGCAACCGAGCACGUAUGAAAAAAAAAAAAAAAAAAAAAACUAAAACCUGCGAGAUACAUUUCCGUGCGUCGGGUAAUACCGGUCCUACGUUACGAACAGUUUCAUGUGCGACCGAACAUUUACGAUUUUCUGCACACGCGCGCGCGUGCAAGAGAGAGAGAGAGAGAGAGAGAGCCUUUGAUUUACAGUCUUUUGUACAGUGGGAAAGAUAUUGCGAAAUGUUGCAUUUACCAUUUCCUUUCUUCCGCGUUCGGAUACAGAUUUAACAAGAAUCUUGCAACGCGAGAAUAAAAAUGCCAUUAUUUGUUUGUUAAAAAUAGCACGUCUGUUUUAUACGGAAUAUGGAAAAGAGCAAGAGAUGUUUUCUAAGGACGCGCGUGUACACGAAUAAUACUUUAUAUUUCUCUCGAUUUACACGGAUUUCGCUGUCAUCUCUCCUCACACCCUUCUUCCUAUUUCCUUCCCCUUCUCCUCCUCGAAACGUCAGUCGUGUAUCUCGUAGAGAGAUGAAGUUGUGUAGCGCAAUGUAACGUAAUAUGUUAACAAACAACAAAAUCGAGAUGUGAAAAGAGUCGAGCGACGAUAAAGGAGAGGGAGCUUGUGCGGAAACAACAAAUUUCUCCUCCGAUGUACAUCGUCUCGUGUCGGGACGCAAUGUCGCCUUUACGAUCGCGCGGUGACUGCGGCAUAAAAAGCGCGAGCGCGAGCGACCGUGCCACGCGUAAAUUCUCUCUUCGCGAGUGCAUCGCGCGCGGCCUCAGUUUGUAGAUAGACAGCCGUAAAACAGUUAUACCGCCUAAGGACAACGAAUGACCGAGCGUGUUUCUCCGCUGUGUAUAUUCCAAAACGAACGGAAUUUAUCCGCCGCCGCCGCCCGGCUUGUUAUUCCGCGAUGCGAACGACCGGGAGAUUUGCGCGCGACGAAUACGCGCGAUUACGUCGGUUUUCAUAGCCUCGGUUCUGGGCUUUUAAUUGCGAACGAAGCCGACAUGAAAUAAGAAAUAGACGGUUGGUAAACUGGAGAAACUGUACUGCCACAACGCCGCUUUAUCCUAUUACGAGAACCGCAGCGGGCUUGGUUGGAAUACGAAUCGUUGUAUUAUUGUGAAGAUAUAUUUUAUAAGAUGGAGAGGAGAGACGGUGUUUUCUUGUCAAUAUAGCGAGAUAAUCUUUCUCCUUGAAGUAGCUUUUUCUUAAAACGCGAGAAUACCGAAGCAACGACCGAGUAAAAAGAUAUUCAAAUUUGAUAAAUUGCGCAUCAAAAAUGCAAAGUAACAACACAGUUUUAUUUAUCGAAUUAUUUUUAUUUUUAUAUUUUAUUUUCUGCCAAAUAACACACACACAC